AUGAUGAGAAAGUGUGCCAACCCCAAGUAUGUGAUCUUGAAAUUGGUGCGAUGUUUUGGACAAAGAACCAAUUGGUUGUGUUUGCCAGAGUGGGAACCCAAGUAUGUGCAAUUGGGCAAGAGCCCAAUAGAGCUACCAAAGGGACACUUGGCAGUGUAUGUGGGUGAAUCUGAAGAUGAGAAACAGCGUGUAUUGGUACCGGUUACUCACUUCAAUCACCCUCUGCUUGGAAAGCUAUUGGAGGAUGCAGAAAAUGUUUACGGAUUCGAUCAUCCUGGUGUCAUAACCAUACCCUGUAAAAUCUCCGAGUUUGAGAGAGUUCAAAAGAUUAUUGCCACCACCCCAAGCUAUCACAGGUGCCUUGGCACUUGUGCUUCCAUCAACUUAAAAUCACAGUAA